AACAGUACCACGUCCUGCCGGUAGGGGCGCUAAUCAGACGACGAGUGCGGGAUGGUCUUCCGGGUCAAACGUCCUUUUGCUCUAACUCUUCCUUCCGCCUUGACCGCCAUCGGCAUCAGCAGUCAUGGUCGUCCGCUACCCCAUGGCCGUCGGCCUCAACAAAGGCCACCCCGUCACCAAGAACGUCACGGCUCCCAAACACAGCCGCCGGCGCGGGCGCCUCACCAAACACAGCAAGUUUGUACGGGACAUGAUCCGUGAGGUGUGUGGGUUCGCUCCCUAUGAGAGGCGAGCCAUGGAGUUGCUCAAGGUGUCCAAGGACAAGAGAGCCCUCAAGUUUAUCAAGAAGAGGAUUGGAACCCACAUUCGGGCUAAGAGAAAGAGGGAGGAGCUGAGCAACGUACUGGCUGCCAUGAGAAAGGCUGCUGCCAAAAAGGACUAAACUGUCAAUAAAUAAAGUGUUGGAAACUCCA